AUGCUCCGCCCGUUGUUGCGGGGGCCCUUUGCUGCAGCAGGGGCCGCGGCUGCUGCAGCAGGGGCCCCAUUUGCUGCAGCAGGGGCCGCGGCUGCUGCAGCAGGGGCCCCAUUUGCUGCAGCAGGGGCCGCGGCUGCUGCAGCAGGGGCCCCAUUUGCUGCAGCAGGGGCCCGAUUUGCUGCAGCAGGGGCCCCGUUGACCGCAGCAGGGGCCCUGUUGACAGCAGUAGGGGCCGCAUUGGCUGUCACAGCGGGCAACGCAGAGGCAAUUAGGCUGCGGCAUUGGAUGCAGCGCAGCAACUACUGCUGCUGCUGUCAUCCCAGCAGCAGCAGCUGCAGCAGCAGAAGGAACAACGGGGGCUGCUGCACCAGAAAUGUUAGGGAGCGGAUCCCCUCAAGCCAGUGCUGCUCCCAGGUGAGGCAUUUUGCUGCUGCAGCCGCAGCAGAGGCAGGCAGCACAGCAGCAGCCGCUUGUGCUCCAUCAUGGAGCAGCAGCAGCAGCAACAGCAGCGGCGUAAUUCCAAGUCGCGGCAGCGUGAGCAGCAGCAGCAGCAGCAACAGUACGAUUUGGAGCAGUGGCGCCAGCAGCAGCGGCCACAGCGCCUGCAGCAGCAGCAGUGGUGACCCCACUACUUGCAGCAGCAACAGCAGCAGCAGCAGCAGCAGCAGCAUUGACCUGAGUGCGGUGUAUCGACACAACUGGGCAGUGCCGGUGGUCGGCUUUGGCUCGCGGCUGCUGCUGCCGGUCAAUUCUUUUGAGGCUUGGGAGGGGGAGCAGCAGCAGCCCACUGAGUAUAUAGAAGUUCCGUCUGAGGUGUUUGGUCAGCCACUGAGGCCCGACAUUUUGCACCAGGUCUACUGGCACAUCCGGCGUUCCCUCGCGGGCUGGAGCGAGCGGCUGCAGCUCUACAAGUGGGAGUGGCCGGGCAGCAGCAAAAAGGUGCGGCCGCAAGCGAAGUCCGGGCGAGCGCGAAUGGGCUGGCGAAAGGCCUGCGGGAAGUACUUGGGGGUGCAGACUUGGCCGCUGCGGCCGCACGCGUGGGCCAGCAAGUGCAACGCGCGCCUGAUGUGGCGCGGAGUGGAGCAGGCCCUCUCGGCCAAGUUUGCUCAAGACCAAAUUAUUGUUGUCAGAGACUUCAACUUGACUUCUCACAAAACUGCCAAAUGCGUCAAACACCUCAGGAGGCUCCUCGGCCGCAACUGCCCCAGCGCGCUGCUGAUCCACGAGGGCCACAACGACGUCAACGAAAACUGCCGCUGGGCGACGGCGCACAUCACUGGCGUGCGGCGGACGGACGUGGCGGGCGUGAAUGCCUAUUUGCUACUGAAGCAUCGCAUGAUCUUAAUAACUCUGAAGGCGCUGCAGCAGCUGCUGUUCGAGCUGCAGCAGCAGCAGCAGCAGCGGCUGCCCCGCUAUGCCACCCCAGACGGCCGCCCAGCGCCGCCCCCAGUGCCUGUGCCGGGCUGGGCAGAUGAGUGGUUAGAGAUCAAGGCUAGGGAAAGAGCGGCUAAAUUCGACAGAAAGCGAAUUCGAGAGUUGGCAGCCAAGUGGGUCUGGUCCAGCGAGCCCAAGGGCCUUUUGAAAUUGCCCCGUGUAGACCCUCUCAAGGGUUUUCGGGUCGCCCGUUUUUCGUCAGAGGAGGCGCCGACACCCGGCAGCAAAUACGAAGAGCUCUACGCGGACGAUGAGCCACUCGAGGAAGACGAAGAAGACAUUGAGCAAGUUGCUGCGGCUUUAGAGGCACGGGAUCGCGAAGAGGCUGAAUUGCUUACCGAUGAAUGGCCAAGAGCAACAAAUUGGGCUGAGGGCCCUGGGGCCCCUCCUGUCAUAUCUCGUGGAGGGAACGCUUGCAGCUGA